AUGUUCGGAAAGCCAUCUACCAACAACGAAGAUGGGUCUAUUAGUGUUGCCAUGAAUCUUUUUGGAAAAAACGGUAGCCCAAAGAUACCGAAAGACACUGCUUCUUCGUCUGCCAAAUCGAUGUCUUCUGCCUCUUCAAUGUCCGAAGCAGGAUCCAAAAGAUCUGCUAACUCAGCAUCAUCUGGCGCAUCAUCAUCCGGUUCAUCAUCAGGCUCAUCAGGAGCUUCUACCGCUUCUGCCGGUAACUCAAAUUCAUCAUCAUCAUCAGGAUCUGCUAAUGGUUCAUCAGGAUCAUCAUCUGCUGCUACCGGUAAUGGCUCUGCUGCUGCUUCAGGUUCAUCAACUGGUUCAGCAACUGGUUCAUCAUCUGGUACAUCAUCUGGUUCAGGAUCUGCUAACUCAGCAUCAUCUGGCGCAUCAUCAUCCGGUUCAUCAUCAGGCUCAUCAGGAGCUUCUACCGCUUCUACUGCCGGUAACUCAAAUUCAUCAUCAUCAUCAGGAUCUGCUAAUGGUUCAUCAGGAUCAUCAUCUGCUGCUACCGGUAAUGGCUCUGCUGCUGCUUCAGGUUCAUCAACUGGUUCAGCAACUGGUACAUCAUCUGGUACAUCAUCUGGUUCAGGAUCUGCUAACUCAGCAUCAUCAGGCGCAUCAUCAUCCGGUUCAUCAUCAGGCUCAUCAGGAGCUUCUACCGCUUCUACUGCCGGUAACUCAAAUUCAUCAUCAUCAUCAGGAUCUGCUAAUGGUUCAUCAGGAUCAUCAUCUGCUGCUACCGGUAAUGGCUCUGCUGCUGCUUCAGGUUCAUCAACUGGUUCAGCAACUGGUUCAUCAUCUGGUACAUCAUCUGGUACAUCAUCUGGUUCAGGAUCUGCUAACUCAGCAUCAUCAGGCGCAUCAUCAUCCGGUUCAUCAUCAGGCUCAUCAGGAGCUUCUACCGCUUCUACUGCCGGUAACUCAAAUUCAUCAUCAUCAUCAGGAUCUGCUAAUGGUUCAUCAGGAUCAUCAUCUGCUGCUGCUUCAGGUUCAUCAACUGGUUCAGCAACUGGUUCAUCAUCUGGUACAUCAUCUGGUUCAGGAUCUGCUAACUCAGCAUCAUCUGGCGCAUCAUCAUCCGGUUCAUCAUCAGGCUCAUCAGGAGCUUCUACCGCUUCUGCCGGAUCAUCAUCUGCUGCUACCGGUAAUGGCUCUGCUGCUGCUUCAGGUUCAUCAACUGGUUCAGCAACUGGUUCAGCAACUGGUUCAGCAACUGGUUCAGCAACUGGUUCAUCAACUGGUUCAUCAACUGCAAUGCCGGGAAAAUCAGCAGCUCUAUGA